AUGAUUAGAGUAAAACAGUAGAAAUAUGUAAUAGGUCCAAGAUUCCUUAUCAAAUUAGUAGAGGAGUAGCCCAAUCUUUCAAAAUAAGGAUUGUACACUGAAUCAUUCAAACUAUCAGGAUCAUAGUCAAAUACGAAUGAGUUUAUUUUUUCCAUGUCAAAAAACUAGAAGCUAGAAACAUCUAAAACAAAGCUGUAAAAUAAAGCCACAUUCGCUGGAGUAUUGAUAGACAUCAAAGGUAAAUGA